AUGAUUGCACGUCGCGUUUGGAUGGCUGCUUCCACAGCAGUGCGUGGUCGUCGUAAUGCAUCCACGGUCGCUCUUCAAGAUCUAAAGACGCGUUGGCCUGCCAUGUCCACCACUGAACAAAAUACCAUUGCAAAAGAGUUAGAAGAGGUUCAAAAACAGGAUUGGAACGUCAUGUCCACUGAAGACAAAAAGGCUGCAUACUAUAUUGCUUUUGGUGAGCAUGGCCCACGUACACCGGUCGUUCAGCCUGGUGAUCAUACAAAGGUCGCAGGUGGUGUUGUUGCUGUUUUGACAACUGCUGCUACUCUUUUCUACAUCCUCGAUGCUAAUGGUCAAGAGAAGCCUAUGACUACAACACGGGAAUGGGAAGAGGCUACAAACGAGCUUUUCAAGAGAGACAAAAUCAACCCCAUCACCGGUAUUGCUUCAGAAGGCUACAAGGGCAAAGGCUAUGUUACCCACAAGUAA